GGCUCGCGCUGGGCGCUCGUCGCUCGCCGGCGGCCAUGGGGGAGGCCGAGGUGGGCGGCGGGGGUGCCGCUGGCGACAAGGGGCCGGGGGAAGCGGCCACGAGCCCGGCGGAGGAGACGGUGGUGUGGAGCCCCGAGGUGGAGGUGUGCCUCUUCCACGCCAUGCUGGGCCACAAGCCCGUCGGUGUGAACCGGCACUUCCACAUGAUCUGUAUCCGGGACAAGUUCAGCCAGAAUAUUGGGCGACAGGUUCCGUCCAAGGUCAUCUGGGACCAUCUGAGCACUAUGUAUGACAUGCAGGCACUGCAUGAGUCUGAGAUUCUUCCCUUCCCGAAUCCAGAAAGGAACUUCGUCCUUCCUGAAGAGAUCAUUCAAGAGGUCCGAGAAGGAAAAGUGACCAUCGAGGAGGAAAUGAAAGAGGAGAUGAAGGAAGACGUGGACCCCCACAAUGGGGCUGACGAUGUUUUUUCAUCUUCAGGGAGCUUGGGGAAAGCAACAGAAAAAUCCAGCAAAGACAAAGAGAAGAACUCUUCAGACUUGGGGUGCAAAGAAGGGGCAGACAAGCGGAAGCGUAGCCGGGUCACCGACAAAGUGCUGACAGCAAACAGUAACCCCUCUAGCCCCAGUGCUGCCAAGCGGCGCCGGACAUAGACAUCUCAUCCCCAGGGGGGCAGCAGAAUCAUCCUGAUGCUUCCGGCUACUGCUGCCUGACCUCAGGCCCUCGGCAAACGUGUUCAUCUAGCAGGGACAUGCAUGGAGGUUUCCAUCAUGUUGUCAGACCACCGGUGGACUCAUGGACCUGAAAGACCGGGGUCAACCCAGCUUGGAUGUUGAGGCAGCAGAGUCCACAUUCUGCCUCAUCCCAGGGUGUCCACCUGUGCCCGCCUCAUGGAGGAGAAUGGGGCCCGGGGCCAGGAGAAGACUUGAAUCAGCAAGCAAUAAAACAGCAUGUCCACUUGGUCCUCAGAUGAGCCACUGGUGUUUCCUGGAUGCCCACUCUGCAUUUGUUUGGCCCUCUAAGGCUCCCCUCUGCCCUGACGGGGACAUCAGGAGAAUGUGGCCCAGGACAUCACCUUACUUGUCUUGGUGGACACCCCCAACUGAGAACCUAAGGACUGGAUAUUCUGCCUCAUUCACUCGUACUGUAAUGAUGUAUAUAAUUUGGUUGGUAUUUCACUAUUUAAUUUUUAAGAAGCCUAUUUUAUACUAGUGUUUUAUAUGAGCAAAAAUACUGCAGAAGUUAAACCUGUUGUAUUUUUUCUGAGAUGUUUUGUUUCAAGGUAACAACUACUGAGAUACUUUUUGCUCAGUUUUUAUAUGCCAGAUACAGAGAAUUUGUAGUGGUUAUUUUUGUAAUUCCAGUGACUUGUGAAAAGACCAAAUGAGGGAGUGGAGGAGAAAGCACAACCAUUGGGCUGGGGCGGUGGUGGCCCCAGUGUCGCCUGGGGUACACUUCAUUUGGCUUCGAACAUUAAAGCACAAAAAAAGUCAA